ACAGGACUACGUCAAUGCAAUGAUUUAUUCUGGAAAGUUAAGAAUUCUUCUAAUGAGAUUCCUUGCAUUUUUACGAGUUUAUCGAUUGUUUUCCAUCCCCACGCAACUAAUCCCGAUAACGAAGGUAUAAAAACCCGGGCCAUUGCCACAGCGGUAGACGAACCCAUCACGACAUUGAACAACACAUUGGCAAGAAGCUUAUCCUCAUACUGGAAGAAACACUUUGGCGGAUAUUAGAGAGAUUAUAUUGGUUUCUUGUCCAGUUUACGACAUUUCAAAGGCAGACAUUAAGGCUCAUUGAUUGAACUUGUGACAGAAGAGAUUUGUUUGUGAAUUUAAGUGUUCAUUAAACCUGGUCGGUGAAAAUAUUGGAGAAGAAGCGGUUUCCGCGUUUGAAUAUUUGAAGAGAGAUUAUUCCUGCUGUGACUGGACUAUGGACACUUGCAUGACAUUGUUGAUUCUGGUAUGUUUUGUUUCUGCUACGUUGGGAGCUCCUAGAUAUAACCAGCCCCUGAAUGUGCGAGACCCGCUUGCCCGCCUACAACUGCGUAGUUCACAUGGUCUGCCGAAGCCAGACGAGGAGCUUGAUGUGGACAGUCCUGAGUUUGAGUUUGACAUGGUGCUGACGCCGCUCCAGCGCUUGUACAUCGCCACUCAUUCCGGCGAGACGGAACCCAGUGAGGCGUGGAAGCGGAAGGCCAUCGUUGACGUGACGAGACACUGGCCGCAGGCCACCGUACCGUACCAGAUAACAUCGGGCCUCAAGCAGUACCAGAUCCAGUGGGCGAUAGAUGCCAUGUCUCUGUGGGAGAACAGCACCUGUAUCAGGUUCUACCCCAGGUCACCCCUCCUGGCCUCCCAGCUCGGACACGACGACUACGUCAGCUUCACCAACGGCUCCAGCUGUAGAACAAUGGUUGGGAGGGUACCCGGUGGUCAAGACCUUUCUGUUGGUCAGUGCAGCAAAGGUUCGAUCAUGCACGAGUUGGGUCACACGAUAGGCUACGUUCACGAACAGUCGCGACCCGACCGUGACGCUAACGUGGACAUCAUCGAGAACAACAUCAUACCCACCAGAGAGUCUGACUUCAAGAAGUACACGUCCAAGCUGGUCAGGACCUUUGGCCUCCCUUACGACUAUGGCUCCAUAAUGCAUUACAGCUCUACCGCGUUCUCCAAGAAUGGCGGAUUGACUGUCCGGACACAUGACCCCCAUCUACAGAUGGUCAUUGGUCAGAGAAAGGACCUUAGCUUCCUGGACGUGCAGCUGGCUAAUGACUUGUAUAAAUGUAACGACCACUGCACCACCCACAAGAUCUGCAACAAUAAUGGCUACGUGGGUCCUGACUGCACGUGCGUGUGUCCAGAAGGACUGACCGGCGACACGUGCGAUCAGCUGAUGGCCUCGGAUAAAAAUUGUGGGGGCGUGCUGAACGCCACAUCCGGGUCACUUCAAACACCUGACUACCCUAUGGAUUAUCCACAAAACGCUGACUGCUAUUGGUUGAUUCAGGGUCCUCCUCGUUCCAACAUCGUGUUGACCUUCGACGCGUUUGACACAGACAACGAAUUGGACUGCCAGUGGUGUGCUUGUGACUAUUUGGAGGUCAAAGUGUACGGCUUAAACAAAGUGGGUCAAAGGUACUGCGGCACGUAUGUGAAGAACCCGAUCGUCUACAACUCAAGCUCCCUCCUGCUACACUUCCAUUCCGAUGAAAUCUGGACCAUGAACAGUGGCGUCAGGUUCUCCUACAAAAUAGUCACGUCAUGACGUCAUAGUGUAUCGUCCAAUCAGGACACGCAAGACAAACAUUCGUAGAACUUGUCCAAGCGGAGACUCACGCCACGAAGCCAUCAUACAAGUGAAAACCUACGAAAAAAUGCUUAAAUUGGACGUGUUCUUAUAAGGACAAAUGUUUGACAGUGGGCGCUGCUUGAUUGGCAGAACACUAAUAAACGUCUUGUCAUCCAUUUCCAAA